UUGUGCAUUGCGGAUCGGUAGUAGAAAAGCGUUCGCUGACGCGGUUAAACGAAGUGAUCGCUGUUUUACGAUUGUGUUGUAGUAGUUGUGAUUGAAGCUAAGCUUAAUUGAAGAACUUAAAAACGCGAGAGAGUUGUAUAAAAAAGAAAGCACACAGCGCUAUGCCUCUAUAAAGAGCAAAGACUCGGCAAAGCCUUUCGGUUAAAUUGAAUUGAAUGUACAAUCAUUGUUGCAAAGUUGCAACCACAAGGAAAAAAAAAACAAAAAAAGAACAGUUAUAAGUAAACUGACAUAACUAGCACGACAUCAAGUUACUUAAAAAAAGCCCUUCAUACAAAGAGAGUAUCUAUAUAUCAAGUCUGCUAUGAUAUCGUAUACAUAUAUCAGACAAUGAUAAAGGAGUACGCAACUUAUUCAAUUGCGAUAUCGGUUCAAAAUUCGCACCUUUCUAACAUUUUAAUUCGUUGCCAGAUCGAAUCGAAAGCCCAAAGUUUUGGGCAUUUACAACAUCCUACGAAAUCGGUUUACGAUUAAGUUGCUAAAAGACAAUUUCCAAAGUCGGGUACGUGAUUGCGCUAUCAGCUUCCAAUGACAUGAGAGAUUGAUAGACCAUUUGUCAGCACAAUUGGGAAUUGACGAAUUGACAAAAUGUCCAAUAAACCAUACAGUGCGAUCAGUAUAACCAAUUGCGGAUUGGAUGACCCACAGAGCGAGCUGGGUGCCGCCUUUGCUAAUAACAACCUAAAAGAAUUUCGAAUUGCUCUCGAUAAAGGUGCAAGCCCGACUAGAUGUGAUGAUAAACAUUUCAGCGUCUUUGAAUUAGCUCUGAAAACGCGUGGCCGCGCUGCAUUUGUAGAGCAAUGUUUAAAUCAUGGUUGCAGUCCUAAUCAUUUAAACCAACAUUGGAAGAAAUCAGCAAUCAGUUUUGCCGCAGAUUCCCUGGAUCCAGAAAUUCUCAAUAUACUCCUGCGUAACAAAGAUGUACAAGUAGAUCGACCCUAUGCCAAACUUACACCUCUUAAUACACUCGCCAAAAAAUUGACUACGGAGAAUCAGAACGAUGUAUUCGCUUGCAUUAAACUUCUUCUAGAAUAUGGCGCCUCACCCAACAAGCCGGACGACCGUGAAAUGACGCCAUUGAACUAUAUUUUGAAAAAUAAAAAGCUGGACAGUCAAAUUAGGCGAGAACUUGUUGAACUUUUUACUUCUCAGCAAGAUUUAGAUGUCGAUAGCUUUCGAGAUGGCGAAGUACGUGAAUUGUUGAACCGUGAUUACCCCGAAAUGUUGACAAAAUUGAGUGCAGUCGAAGUAAGCUUAGAUAGGCUUAUUUCACUCCUUCGUAAUGGUAACGAAGAGGAAUUUGUCCAACAAUUUCCAAAAUUCAAAGCCAGAAUGAUUGAAAAAGAUAACAAUGCGAAUGAAGUAGAGAAGCAAGAACUUCAGCUAUUCAUAGAGACGAUAAAGCGCGGUACACACAAAGCAUUUGAUUUGUUCUUGAAUUACAACGCGAAUAUAAAUGGCACCUUAGAUAAUCAAACACCCAUACAUAUUGCCACAAUUUUUGGUAAUUGGCGAGCUCUAAAAAUAUUAUUAGAACAUAAUGAUCUCAAGUUGCGCCGACAGGAUCAAUUAUUAAUCACUGUUAUUAGUCACUUAGGCGAUGAGCCAUUAUACGAUUUUGUCAAUUACGAGAAAUGUCUUUCCUUUCUACUAAAUUCGGAUCGCAUUGAUGUGAAUGAGACAGAUCCCAGUGGCUCAACACCACUUCACUAUGCCGUCAAGUAUCGCAAUCGCUUAGUUAUCCAAGAAUUACUACGUCAUGGUGCCUACAUUGGCAUGCGCAGCUCCUUUAAUGAUUUGCCCAUCGAUGGAAUAUACCCGGAAGUGUUGGAGGAACACUUUGAUAAUUGUAUCACUACAAAUGGUUAUAAGCCUGGUGAUAGUGACUUUGAAAUAUUAGUCAAUUUUAAGAAUCUCAUUGCACAUCCGCGCUUGAGUCAUGCAACGAAAUUGCGUGCACAAAACUUCCACGAAGAGAUGCCACCGAUUGCGUAUAUUGCUGAAUCAAAAGAACAUCGCCAUUUGCUACAACACCCACUUAUCACCAGUUUUUUGUUCCUCAAAUGGCAUCGUUUAUCUGUCAUCUUUUAUAUUAAUUUUCUCUUAUACUUCUGUUUUGCCCUAAGCAUUAUAAUACACACCAUACUGAAAUUUCGAGAAAGCGAAUACGAAGCUCUAACUGUGUUAUUCGGACUCUUCUCAUGGGUUGGCAUUAUUUACCUCCUUAUGCGCGAAAUAAUACAAUUUGUUUUGGCUCCAUUAAAAUAUUUCCGUUCGGCAAUUAAUUUUAUGGAAGUGGCACUUAUUAUAUUUUCCAUACUGACUUGUACCGAAUCCAGCUAUAACCGCGAAACCCAGAGAGUAAUAGCUGUAUUCACGAUACUCCUCGUCGCUAUGGAGCUUUGCUUGUUGGUGGGUUCAUUGCCAGUUCUUUCCAUCUCUACACAUAUGCUAAUGCUGCGUGCCGUAUUAAAGAGCUUUAUCAAGAGUUUUGCUCUUUACUCAAUAUUCGUAAUUACAUUCAGUUUGUGCUUCUAUAUUCUGUUUGGCAAAUCAUCGGAAGUCAACGAUAUUACGAACGGCACCGACGCCGUUAGUGAUGGCGGAGAGUUCAACAAAUUUGCAAACCCAUUUACAGCGGUUAUCAAAACUAUUGUAAUGUUGACAGGUGAAUUCGAUGCUGGGGAUAUUGAAUUUGAUACCGUUUACAGCUAUUUGAUAUUCUUAAUGUUCGUGGUAUUCAUGUCAAUUGUGCUUUUCAACUUGCUCAAUGGUCUUGCUGUUAGCGACACACAGGCCAUUAAAGCGCAAGCUGAACUAAACGGUUCCAUUUGUCGGACGCUUCUACUCACACGCUACGAACAAGUCCUGACUGGACGCACCGGACAUGCCAGUUUCAUCAUUAAACAUGAACCGUUCCGCACAAUAUGCCGCCGCUUAAUGAAUCUCGAUUCCAAUUAUAUUGUUGGCAGACAAAUCGCCAUUCUACCGAAUGACCACAAUAAAGUAUUCGUCGGUGUGGCCAACGGAGAUGUCAGUGUAGAAUCGAAAUACAAUUUCGCCCGGACUAGUGAGGUUCGCAACUCGAAAUCACAAUUUUUACCAUUUUCAGAAGAAAAUACCAAUCAUCAGAAAAAGUUGCUUGAUGCACCCGUUGCAUUCUUGCCCUGCUGCUGCACCUGCAUUACCGGAAGAUGCUCUGAAAUGGAUAGUCGCACUGUAAAAUUGGCUAUGGCAGUAAUCGAACGAAAAAACACAUCACAAGAAGAUAAGAUGCGUGAAGCGAAUACGGAAAGAAGACUGAAGAAUAUAGAGGAACGAUUGGCACAGAUGACGGAGCUACUGCGGAAAUUAAGUCAAGAACAAUAAAGAUGCCAGUUCAAAGUUGAUAUCAUUAUCAGUGGUUGCUAUAUUAACUUUUCUAAUAAUUGUGCAAACUUUGAGUGUCCUUAGGGUUAUUUAUUCAAGAUUUUUUUUAACAAAUACGCAUGUAUCAAAAUAUUUAUGAUAACUUCUAAUGCAAAAUAUGUAAAAUGUCCAAAGUAAUAAGUGAAUGUGUAUGCAAGCAUAACAAGUGUGCGGUGCCUUGUGCUGAGAGGACCCGACGUUGCGUUAGAUAGAAAUGAUUCCACUUAAACAGCAUUUUGUUAGUAGAUAAAAAACUGAACAAUUCUGUCCACAAUAACAAAGAUAAGAAUGUUGCAACUCAAAGUUCGAUUGAUUUUACAACAUCCCCUGGGAGUAUAAAGCUGAUUCAAAACACCUUUUAACACACUUGACUUUCUUACUGCUUCUAGCAUUCCAAAACCCCCAAAAGCAAAUUCACUCAACAUUUUUACAAUUUCAGUAGACCAAACUACGUGCAUAUUGAUGGCAAGAGGACACUUGUAGAAGAAAGUUUUGAAAUGAAAGAAAAUGUCUAAGUGUGUUGCAGUAUUUGUCUGCCCAUUUUCGUUUAAAUGUUUAACCAAAUUUUUGAAGCAACAUCGAAUGUAAAAUAAAUCUACAUUUUUGGUAAUAAUUUUUUAUUAAAAUUCAAUACAAUUUACAAAACUGAUACAUUAUGUAUGUAAAAACAUUCUUACCUUUCUAUUUGUAAAUCCCUUCUACCAAAAGUUAUUUUUUCUUCCAUUUUAUUGUUUCUCAAUUUGUUUUAUAAAUGUUUGAAGAUUGUAUUUUACUCGUUUACCACCUAUGUUGCAUUCUGACGCAUCUUAACGUGUUUAUAUGUGUUGUAACAUUUAUUAUAUAUUAUUUUCAACUCAAAAAAACAUCAUUGUUGCUCUUUACUUCUGCUUUUUCAGUAAUCUUCGUAGUUUGGCAAAACGCAUUGUAAAUACAAAUACGUUUUGACUUAAUACUAUAUACUUGUACGUUCUUGUUUCACAUUUAGUAAGAAGUUUGCAGUAUAUUUGACAUCAAGUUCAGUGAUACUUAAUAAUCUUGUCUCAGGUUUCCUUCAAAUUAGUAGGUACGGAAAAUUUCAUAUUCACUUUAGACAUUUGAAUUAUAUUGUUUAGACGGACGUACGUUUGUAUAUAUGUUAACCUUAUUGUAAUAAUUCGUUAAAUAGUGAACUUCUACUGACAAUGGUAUAAAUAUAUGACUUUGAUACCUACAAAACUA